UUGGGUGUGUCGAGAGGUGCCUGUUACUCUCGCACGCACACAUACGCGCGCGUACAGAUACGAUCCGCGAUGGUGCUUCCGGCCGGAGAGCGUCUCGGAAUUCGCCGCUACUCCAGUUACUUCCCCCUUCCCUCCUCGCCCGAGAAAGAAAAACGGAGAGGCUGCACGCACGUUGCGAACGUCGCUGCCUCUCGGCGGCGAGCACGAAGGACCGAAAGAUCGCCAGUGCCGUUUAAUUCCUUCGCCCCGACGAAUCUAUUCGCUCUAUUUUCGAUCCGUGACUCUUGACAUCUCGUAUCGACGGAGCGGCGCGUCAAAGGGAAUCCGUCGUCCGCAGGCUCCCGAGUCGAUCGCUACUUGCGAACAUGCGCGUCGAGCACGUCCGACAUUUCGGCGACGUGGGUCCUUUCCGGUUUGGGCGAAACGAAAGAAAAGAAAUCCCUUUUAUCUCGACACAAUGAUUUCUCUCUCUCCGUCGUGCACGUACGUGUAUGCGCGCGCGUGUGCAUACACGCAUACACGCAUGCCAGAGUUGCCUUUCCCUUCGCCUCUUCCUCCCUCGCGUCUUUCUUUCCACUUCUCCCUUCCUCCUUGCGUGGCCUUUCUCGCCGCUGAUUGUUAGGAAACGGUGACACAUCGCAUUCGCGAGGAAUCCUCUCCUCGUUAUGUCACGCGGCCGAUAUGCGCGGCCUCCUCCUACGUCCUACCCUGGAUUCCGCCGUCGCGGCACCCUCGUCCCCCGCGACUACACCCGACGACGCGCGGGUGCAACGGCACGACGACACGACGCAUAUUCGAUCGCGAACUCCCACAAGCCUGCUGAAGCUGUGCGACGCGCGAGAGAGCGAGACAGAGAGAGAGAAAAAGGAGGGGAGAGUAGAACGAAGGGAGAGAAAGAGAGAGAGAGAAGUGGAGGGAGGGAGAAAGGGAUCCUUCGAUCGCGCCCACAUUCCGUGCGGGAGCAUCUUUCCCCGUCGCAGCGGGAUGCACUGACCUGCCGCUGUAUCGUCGUUGUAGAUAGCGUCGCGCAAGUGAACAUUUUAACGAGCUCCAGAGCGAUUUGUCUCGCUUUACUCCGAUUCUCUUUCUCCCUCUCGUAGCUCGUUCAAGGAAUCUGGGACGUACGCGGUCGCUGAGCUGCGUAAACAUGAUGAAUGUGCGGGGAUAAAUUUCUACCACCGGAAUCAUGAGUUACCCAAUGUCGACGAAUCAAUCCAGGCCAAUGUCCCAGGGUAACUAUCAGGGCCCGGGCGACUUGCCUAUGGGGUCCGCCAAGGAACAGACCCUGAUGUGGCAGCAGAACUCCUACAUGAAUGACUCAGGCAUCCAUUCUGGUGCUGUCACUCAAGCACCAUCUCUGUCCGGCAAGGAAGAUGAGGAGAUGGAAGGGGAUCAACUCAUGUUUGAUCUGGACCAAGGAUUUGCACAGGGUUUUACACAGGAUCAAGUAGAUGAGAUGAGUCAGCAACUGAGUCACACCCGAUCACAGCGUGUGCGUGCUGCCAUGUUUCCUGAAACAUUGGAGGAAGGUGUGGAGAUACCUUCUACACAAUUUGAUCCCGCACAGCCCACCGCCGUACAGAGAUUGGCCGAGCCGAGCCAGAUGCUGAAACAUGCCGUCGUUAACUUGAUCAAUUAUCAAGACGAUGCUGAUCUCGCUACGCGCGCGAUUCCAGAAUUAAUCAAAUUAUUGAACGACGAGGAUCAGGUCGUCGUAUCUCAGGCAGCCAUGAUGGUGCAUCAAUUAUCCAAAAAGGAAGCCUCUCGCCAUGCCAUUAUGAACAGCUCACAAAUGGUAGCUGCCUUGGUGCGCGCGAUCUCAAAUAGCGACGAUCUAGAAUCGACAAAGGCUGCCGUUGGUACCUUGCACAAUUUAUCGCAUCACCGGCAAGGUUUGCUAGCGAUUUUCAAGAGCGGCGGCAUCCCGGCACUCGUUAAAUUGCUGAGUUCUCCGGUGGAAUCAGUUCUUUUUUAUGCAAUAACAACGUUGCAUAACUUAUUGCUUCACCAGGACGGCUCUAAAAUGGCCGUGCGGCUUGCUGGAGGUUUGCAAAAGAUGGUUGCCCUGCUUCAACGAAAUAACGUCAAGUUUCUGGCCAUUGUCACUGAUUGCUUACAGAUUCUAGCAUACGGCAAUCAGGAGAGCAAGUUAAUUAUACUUGCUUCUCAAGGCCCUAUUGAGCUCGUGCGCAUUAUGCGCUCUUACGAGUACGAAAAACUAUUAUGGACCACUUCGAGAGUAUUGAAGGUAUUAUCUGUUUGUCCAAGUAAUAAACCCGCAAUUGUUGAGGCUGGUGGAAUGCAGGCACUCGCCAUGCAUCUUGCAAAUCCGAGUCAACGAUUAGUGCAGAACUGUUUGUGGACGUUACGUAAUUUAUCAGAUGCUGGCACAAAAGUCGACGGACUCGAUAAUUUGCUGCAGAGUCUCGUAUUGGUACUCGGAUCAGCAGAUGUAAAUGUGGUUACAUGUGCCGCUGGGAUUUUGUCGAAUUUAACCUGUAAUAAUCAACGCAACAAGGUUGCAGUAUGUAAUUUUGGUGGUGUCGAAGCUCUCGUUCGUACGAUCAUCAAUGCUGGUGAUCGAGAGGAAAUAACCGAACCGGCGGUGUGCGCUUUACGUCACUUGACUUCGCGUCAUGGCGAAGCAGAAAUGGCACAGAAUUCGGUUCGAUUAAAUUACGGUAUUCAAGUAAUAGUUAAAUUACUACACCCACCGUCGCGCUGGCCAUUGGUGAAGGCGGUUAUUGGAUUAAUCCGCAACUUAGCUCUCUGUCCUUCUAAUCACAUCCCAUUGCGAGAUCAUGGCGCGAUACAUCAUCUCGUAAGAUUGUUGAUGCGUGCUUUCCAGGAUACUCAACGACAACGAUCAUCUGUCGCAAGUACUGGAAGUCAACAAACAUCAGGUGCAUAUGCAGAUGGUGUACGCAUGGAAGAAAUAGUAGAAGGCUCAGUAGGUGCUCUUCACAUCCUCGCAAGAGAGUCCCAUAAUAGGGCAAUAAUUCGAUCACAGAAUGUUAUUCCAAUUUUUGUACAACUACUAUUUAACGAAAUUGAAAACAUUCAGCGUGUGGCAGCUGGUGUGCUUUGUGAACUAGCAGCUGACAAAGAAGGAGCUGAAAUAAUAGAACAGGAGGGCGCUACCGCUCCUUUAACGGAACUGCUACACUCUCGAAAUGAAGGUGUUGCCACAUAUGCAGCAGCGGUGUUAUUCCGCAUGAGCGAGGAUAAGCCCCAAGAGUACAAAAAAAGACUGUCCAUGGAACUAACAAAUUCCUUAUUCCGUGAGGAUACAAACUUAUGGAACAACGCCGAUUUCAGCAUGGCCCCAGAUCUUCAGCUACCUAAUCUUCAGGACAUGCUUGGCCCUGAGCAAGGUUAUGAUGGUAUGUAUGGCCAAGGACCUCCUAGUGUACACAGCAGCCAUGGCGGUCGGGGUUAUCAACCACAAGGUUAUGACCAGAUACCAGUAGAUUCGAUGCAAGGGUUAGAGAUAGGUGGUGGAUCGACGUAUGGCGCAAUGGACACUAUGGAUGUGGCUCACGAUGGUGAUUUGAGUUUUGAUCACUUGGAAGAGCUUCCUGCACCGCCACAAGAUAACAACCAGGUCGCGGCCUGGUAUGACACUGAUCUCUGAAUCCGUGCCAUUAUCGAUCUCGAGACAGCAAAAGAACUUAAAAAGCAGGAGCAUUAUUUUAAAGUAUUAAACAUACUUUCAUAGUAGAGUUUUGAUCCGAGCGCUACAGUUGAAUGUCCGCAUUCUAGACUCGUCCGGACCAAACCAUUUAUCCCAUUUAUCUUCAACUUCCUUUUCUUAUUUUUCAUUUUUAUAUUAAUUUUUACUUUAUUUUAUAUAUGAUGACGUGUAUAAAUACACACAAAAUAAAAAUGUUCCUGCUAUCUCUCUCUUCAUCUUUCUCUUUCUUUCUGACUUUUUAGUAAUUUAAAUUUUUUAAAUUGAUUAUGACAAAAAAUGGCAUUAAUGCCGAACGUUGAUUGUUGUUGGGUGGAUGACGUGCCAAGUAACUAUCUAGUGCUUGGUGUCCCGGACGUUCGACUGUAUUUGAAUAGUGUACCUUAAGAUACACUAGAUGAUUAAGUUACAUUAGUACAUUAAGAUGUUAAAAAAAAGAGAAGAUAUACGAACGUAUCUUAAUAAUUAAAUGAAUGACACUCGCGAAAUCGAAGUUUUAUUGCAUUUACAAGAUCAUCUCAUCUUUGAAAUCAAGUAAUCAGACAUGAUAAAAGUGGAGCGAGCGUAUCCAAUCUUUCAUUAGUAAAGGUCGGAUAGAAAAAAAAAUGGAAAACAAUUGCCGUAUCUCUUAUUUACGUAAUUGUCUCUCCUCUUUUUUGCGGCAACUGUCUUCCAUCACCUUUUACGUGUUACGUGAUCUUCAAAUCCCGUAUUACGCUCGAUUUAUUUUUUUCUAUGUUUACGAAAAUAAUACUGAUUAGUGAUUAUCGUGUCCCGACCUUCUUUCGGUCCGCGAGAAGUCGCCUUCGAAUAUAAAAGAUCGGUUAAUCACGCUAUAGUUAACAUCUUCCUAUAGUUCACGUUCGUUUUAUCAAACGGAAAGUGCAACAUUCGCUAAUCCAUAUCGACCCAAGAAAAUGUAUCGCCUGUAUGUAAUCGCCUAAUAUGAUCAUUCACUCGAGCAUAUAAACAUUAUAUCGAUGUAUUAGAAUUAAGGAAGACACAUGUAAUUCGUACACACAUGUAUAUGUAUCUUUUAAUUGUCUAUACAAAUAAACCGAACAAUUAAGCGACCAAUA